AGAAGCUCGGUUAAUCACUGGAUUUAAUAAGAAAACAGAAAUAAGUUAAACUAGUUACCUUUUUUGCGUUUGUUUCAUCCUUCCAUCAAAAACUGUGUUGUGUUCAUUUCCAUCCUGAUUACCAUAGUGAUGGACUUUCAUCCGAGAUGAUCCAGAUCCUAAUAUAUUUCACCAUCUUCAUCAUCAACAAUAACAAAAACAGUGUAAAAAUACGCCAUUACAUUCACCAAAAAUAUCAAACCCAAAACUAGUGUAAUAACAAAGUAUCUAAUUGAGUAACAUCAUGAUAAUUUAUACAGUGUUUACCAUUUUUAAAAGUGUAUCUGUCCAUCGAUGAAUUUUGAAGUAACUUUGAUUCCAUUGAAUUACCAAUUGGAUUGUCGUUUUGUUCCCAUGAUCUUGUGAUCUUAAUUCGCAAUUUUCUUGGUUUUCAUUUGAUUCCAUGAUUGUUGUUAACAUCUAAUCCUCAUCGGUUAACCAUUUGGGCUGUGGAUAAAAAAAAGUCAACUGAUUAAAUUGCUAUUUGAGUAAUCCCGUGGAUCGUAUAUACUUACUUAAUUAUUCAAAUACUUAAUUAAUAGGAAGCAACAUUGUAUUCCAUUGCUGUCAUUUUCAUCAAUUUUUUCUAUCUCCACUUCCUUAUAUACUUUUAUUGCAAUCGAAAUUGAAUCUUGAAUGCUUCAUGAAAUCAUGAUGGACUUUAUGAAAGACGGUUCUCUUAGUGUAUCUCAUGAACCUGAUUCCUCAAUCAAUUUAUUUGGCUCAAUUGGUUUACCAGUUCCAUCAACAAGUCAUUCUUCAGCCAAUCAUCAUUGUUCAGUCAAUAAUAACUCAGUAAAUAACAAUAACACAAAUAAUGGCAACAACAGCAACAAUAAUGAAAAUAAUAGUAAUAAUAAUAACAGCAGCAAUGGUAAUAACUCGAAUGUAAAUGGGCAAUCCAAUGGUCAUCAUCACAAUAAUCAUCAUCACCAUAAUCCACAUCAUUAUGACAAUGGAAUCAACCAUGAUAGAGUUGCAGCCUCUAUGGCACUGUCAUCACCCUCAAUUAACAGUCUAUCAACAGUCCACUCUAAUAAUAAUGCCAAUCAUUCCAGUGCAGCUACUCCUGUGAUAUCACUGUUUAAAUUGAAAAACUUUCUCCACCAACCCAAGUUCAAAUCUUUGGGCAAUAGCAACGAUGGUAAGAUUGAUUACCAAACAUAUUCAGGUCCCAACAGUGUGGAAGAAAGUCGAUCAGGUUCAAGUGGACUGGAUACAUCACCCACAAUACACCAUAGUCUCUACGGAAAUCGAAGUGUAGCCAACUCAAGUCCAACCUCUGGUCCACCCCAUCAGUCUGUCUUGGUAGUACCUCAGCCGGUGAAAACCUCUAUGCCCAAUAACCCCACAACCAACGGUACAGGUCGGAAGUAUCAGUGCAAAAUGUGUCCUCAGGUAGUAUUCGGAUCCAAAGCAGAUAUGCAGCUUCACACUCAAAUACAUAUGAGAGAACCUAAACCGUACAAAUGUUCCCAGUGCUCCAAAUCAUUUGCAAACUCAUCAUACCUCUCACAACACACGCGAAUCCAUCUUGGCAUUAAACCUUAUCGAUGUGAAAUGUGUCAACGAAAGUUUACCCAAUUAUCUCAUCUUCAACAACAUAUUCGAACUCAUACCGGUGAUAAACCUUAUAAAUGUCGUCACACCGGUUGUAACAAAGCAUUUUCCCAGCUUUCAAAUUUACAAUCUCAUUCGCGAUGUCAUCAAACGGAUAAACCCUAUAAAUGUAACUCAUGUUAUAAAUGUUUUACCGAUGAGGCAGCCCUUCUUGAUCACAUACCUAAACACAAAGAAUCGAAACACCUGAAAACGCAUAUUUGUCAUUUUUGUGGUAAAAGUUAUACUCAAGAAACUUAUUUAGCCAAGCACAUGCAGAAACACGCUGAUCGUCCCGAAAAACGUUCAUCCGGAUCUUCAUCAACCUCAUCCUCUUCAACCUCACCGGUUGCUGCUGGUGGCCCUUCAGCAACUUCAUCAUCAGUCCCUUCAUCAGGCGCAUCAUCAGUCCCCGUAUCAGCCGCAGCAUCAGUCCCUGUAUCCGCAGCAGCAUCAGUCCCUUCAUCAGCCGCAGCCGCAGCAGCAGCAGCAGCGGCCGCUGGUCUCAUUGGAAGAUCUCCUGGUAAUGGUGGCGCUCCUGAAAGUCACUACGGAUGGCAUUCAACGUCAUCUGCCAAUAACAAUAAUAACAAUAGUACCAAUAAUAAUUCCACUAAUAAUAGUAAUAAUAAUUCAAAUAAUAAUAAUCAAAAUGCUGUAGCAGCAGCUUACUUCCCUUAUGACACCUUUGGUUUUGCCAAACCUGGUUCUGGACCAGUUCAUGGUAUGGACAUUAAAUCAUCCAUGGAAGCAAAAUCAAGCGGUUAUAGCUCAUUCCCUAAUCAAUUGAUUGCAUUACACCAGAUCCGUAAUUAUGCAUCCAUGCCCAAUAGUGCGGCAUCGAUAGCUCAAGAGCAUAGGAUUUUGAAAGAUAAAUCAUUUUAUGACAAGGAAAUGAACAUUCAUCACCCAAUAUGUACUUCCCUGAUAUCCAAAUGAACUGAACGCAUCCAUUGUGUUUCUUCAUUUAAAAAUAAUAUAACACUCAUAAACAAAACAAGUCCUUAAAGUGAUCAUCUUAAUUGUCACUGUUAAAUCUUAGUCCUCAUCAUUAUCUUCACUCUCUCUUCUCUUCUUCUCUUCUCUUUCUUUCUCUCUUCAUGUAAUUUCUAUCUUUACUAAUAUUGUUUUCUUUGCUUUCUUUUCAUCCCAACUUGUUUAUUUUCAAAAAAAUAGUUUUCAAUACUACAUUGGAUCUAAUUAAGAGUCAAUCAAAGUAGUUGAUUGUAAUUUUUUCAUCUCUUUAUUAGUUUGCUAAUUAAAAAUUUCACCCUCAUCAUUCAUUUAGUGUUAAUUGCUAAUAUGUUAAGCUUGUCAGCCUGUAAUGAAUCUUUCCUUAGCUUGACUCAAGCAUUACAAACUGUAUUACAACAAAUUGAAAUAUCUCUUGAACAUCAUUUUCAUUAAUUUGCGAGUUAUCAUCGUCAUUUAAUAGACUGAUAUAAUCAUCUCCUUAACCUGUCUCAUCAUCAACUAAAUCAUCAUCUUAAUGUUCAAUAUUUGCUGGCUGAUUGAAUAUUUAUUGCUAAUAAAUGCAAAUUAAACAAUUUA